GAGGGAUCACCAUGGCCUCCUCGCGCUGCACUCGGAUUGCUCUGCUUCUUCUCGCGCUCAUGACACGUGGAGUAUCUGCUCGCGCCGUGGACUUUGGGUCCAAACCCGGAGAGGAGGCCUCCGGAGCGGAUUUACGCACGGACGCGCUCCGGCGGUGGAGGAUCGGCGGCGGCGGCGCGGAGACGCACCGGGAGCCGUGCGCGGAGCUGGCUGCGCCCUGGCAGGAAAACGCACGGGAUACCGGGGAUGAUACCGGGGAUGAUACCGGGGAUGAUACCGGGACCCUGCUGCAGCUGCAUGUCCGGCCCUUCAGCCCCAGGGGCCUCCCAGGGUCCGGUGUUCCCGGGAAAGUCGCUUUUCAGCUUCGUCCGGCGGGUUUACCGGUGCUGUCAGGAGGGAAUCAGCUGCAGGAGCGUAAAGGGAAUACAGGGUCGGCUGAGAGGAGACACAGACGUGGAGUUUCUCCUCACCCGGGAGAUUUCAUCGUUGACGCUCCUGCGAGCCGAGCUCCACCUCCAGCUCUCCAACCCGCAGCAUCUGGACGUCCAUCCUGUUCUCUCAUCCAUGGCGAAGCGCGGCCUUCCUACGAGGUACAGUUUGUGGUCGCGGGGCAACACGGUGGAGCUGAGGGUGGAUCUGCUCUUCCUCCUCCAGAGCCUGCAGGAGGCGGCGGGUGGCGCCGACGGGGGUCCCGGCUUGGUGAACAUGCGGCGGGUGGUGUUUUCCUCUCUGCAGGACACCGACGGCGCCGGCGCGCUCCCCGCCCUGGAUCUGGGCUUGGUCCUGGGCUGCAGCCGGGAUGGAUCCGGGGUGUCCUGUGGAGCCGGCGGCGUUCACCUCUCACACACGCCGUUCAUGGCGCUGUUCUACCAAUAAGACUAAAUACACUCAGUUUAAUCCGUCUGAAAGCUCAGAAAAGAAAACAUGCACUUUAAUGUCAAAUCUAUUAAUUUAUAAAUAUAUAUAUAUAUGUGUAAAUAGUGAAUAUGAUAUACUGUAAGUUUAUGGAGGCUAUUAAAGCUCAAUCUGAGUGUGUGGUCGUUUUCUGUGAACGGACGAGGUUCGGUCAGCUGUGAUCUGACCUUUAGAUGUUCUGACCUCUCGGAUAUGUGCUCCUGUUUAAAGGAGUUCUCACAGUUGGUGGGAAAAAGGUGGAAACAACAACACCUGGACAAGCAGAGAGGAAAGCCUGUACAUGUGCUGUGACCCUGCUGAGAGCAGCUGAGACUGAAACUGUGGAGGCAGAAUCUAAAUGUUUGAUUUAGAGUAUUUAUAAAGGCGUUAACGGGGAGUUAAAGUCACAAACAUCAGCUUAAAGCUCCUGUGUGUAACAAUUAAGAGGAUCUAAAUGUAAUAAAAUAUUCAUAGGUAUGUUUUUAUUAGUGUUGAAUCACCUGAAUAUGAGAAUUAUUGUGUUUUUGUUGCCUUAGAGUGUUUUUAUCUACAAAGGCAGCGAGUCCUCUUCUGGUGGAGUCCGCCAUGUUUCUACGGUAGCCCAGAACAGACAAAUAUAAUAUAAAAUUCAAAUACAGAUGCGAGCAGUAUUCAGUUAGUUGCAGUUUGCAACUUCACCACUAGACAGUCAGUAAAUCUUACAUACUGGUCCUUUAAACAAUUAAAGGGACAGUCACAUAUUAAGUUAACUAACUAACUAUAUAUAUGUGAAAUAUUAGAUUUAUUGGAUCAUAUUAUUGAAAUAAAAGUUGUUUUGAGUUUAAUGGAACCCUAUUAGAAUACUUUAUAAAAUGUCUGAGGUCUGAAUAAUGUAAAUACAGGACCAAUAAAGUUUGUUUUGAAUCUAUAUUGUUGUUCUGGAGGGAUUUUCAAAAUAAAAUCACCCCCUAGGAUGU